AUGACAUUUGACAUAAUGUAAAACUUGUGUUCUCCUGCCUGAUUUUUCUCACACAAUUUCACGAAACAAAAAUGGCUAACCGUGAGGUUGAAAAGGCCCAACAUGCCCAUCCUGAGGGUGAAACUCUAUUCGAGAAGAUAAUAAACAAGGAAAUACCUGCGGAAUUCGUUUAUGAAGACGAACAGUGUGUGGUCUUCCACGAUGUGAAUCCUCAAGCUCCGACCCACCUUUUAGUGGUUCCAAGGAAACCUAUCCCUCAGCUCUCCAAGGCUGACGACGGCGAUCAAGACUUAUUAGGACAUCUGUUAAUCACUGCCCGGAAUGUAGCUUUAGGAAAAGGUUUUGACAGAACUGGAUUCCGUUUAGUUAUCAAUGAUGGCAGACAUGGAGCACAGAGUGUCUAUCACUUGCAUGUGCAUAUUCUGGCAGGCCGCCAGAUGAAAUGGCCCCCUGGCUAAAACUAUAAUUACAAAACCCAUUUUCUAUUAAAAUAUGGGGUAUUUUAGCCUAUGUUUUUAACUGUUCCACGCUGAUAUUGCCGGCCGUAUUAGAGCUAAAUUGCCCAUUCAAGGGUAUCAUAAGUACUAUAUCUGUAAACCUAGGCAAACACUACUUCAUAUUUUUUUUAAUUGGGUGGUAUGAUUGUUUUGCUAAUUAUUUGCUUUCAUUUCAAUAUUAUUGCUAUAACGAAUGUUAACAGAUAAAUAAAAAAAGGGUUUCAAGGUGA